CCCUCUACAGGAACGUCAUGCAGGAGAAUUAUGAGACUGUGACCUUGCUGGGACUCCCCAUUCCCAAACCUGACCUGAUCACUCAGCUGGAAGGAGGAGAAGAGCUGUGGGUCCCGGAUCUCCAAGCCUCCAAGGAAAGGAAGAUCCCAAGAGGCAGCCGCAAGGGUGAUGAGACAAUGAGUGAGAACGAGGAGGGGAAUCCACAGCAGGAAGAUCCUGAGCAAGUGGAACUGCAGGGGACCUUUUUGAGAAGAGUAGAUGGGAAUUUUUCCCAGUGCUUGGAACAGAGAAAAGGCUGGAGUAAUUGGUGGGGGUCAGAGAGGAAGCUGGGAAACUGCCGGAGGAAGAAAGUGGAUGAAUCAAUUGAAUGUGGAGGAGGAGGAGGCAAGGAUCCCAAAGAAACCACAGCCCAGCAGACAAGUCACAAGGAAAAGAAGCUCUGUAAAUGCUUGGACUGUGGGAAAAGCUUCAAUUACCCCUCAGUCCUUAUUAACCACAAGAUAAUCCACACAGGAGACAGACUUUAUAAAUGCCUUGAGUGUGGGAAAAGCUACAGUCAACGCUCAGCCCUUAUUACCCAUGGGAGAAUCCAUAUGGGGGAGAGACCCUAUAAAUGCUUGGACUGUGGGAAAAAUUUCAGUGUGAGCUCACACCUUAUUACCCAUCGGAGGAUACACACGGGAGACAGACCAUAUAAAUGCCUUGAGUGUGGGAAAAGCUUCAGUCGGAGCUCACAUCUUAUUACACAUCAGAUACUGCACACGGGAGAGAGACCAUAUAAAUGCUUGGACUGUGGGAAAAGCUUCAGUCAGCAGUCAGUCCUUAUUAUGCAUGGGAGAAUCCACACUGGAGAGAGACCCUAUAAAUGCUUGGAUUGUGGGAAAAGCUUCAGUCGGAGCUCACAUCUUAUUACUCAUCAGUGAGUGCAUAUGGGAGAGAGACCGUAUAAAUGCUUUGAGUGUGGGAAAAGCUUCAAUCAUAGCUCCCAUCUUAUUAAACAUCGGAGAGUGCACACGGGAGAGAGACCGUAUAAAUGCCUUGAAUGUUGGAAAAGCUUCAGUGAUAAAACAAA